AUGGAUUUUGUGCGAGAAAGUGGCGGUGUUGCGGGGUCGGUGCUAAUCACGACACGGUUUGUGUGGCCUUAUGGGGGAAGAAGCGUGUUUCUCAGUGGCUCAUUUACUGGGUUUUCGGAGCAUUGGCCGAUGACGCCUGUUGAAGGCUGCCCUACAGUAUUUCAGACUAUUUGCAGCUUACCACCGGGCUACCAUCAGACAAAACAUGGAACAACUUUUGUGGGCACUUAUGGAAGUGGAAAUGCUCUGCUGGAUGACAAGUGGGUUUUCAUUCAGUUGCUAGAGAGCAGGGUGAGAGCAAUAGUGGUGAUUAUUUAUUGA